AUGCCGUUGAGAAAUUUAGAAAUGGGAGAAUCCAUUUUAUUAUGUAAUAAUUCAAUUGUAAAUAAUGAAGAAGAAAUGUCACCGGAAACGACAAAUAUAUCUAAAUGGGUUCCGUUUGAAAAGGUAAAUUUAUGCAUGUGUUGUCGUGUGACCAUAUUUUCCAUGUUCAAUAAACGUUACCAUUGUAGAAGAUGCGGAAGAGUCAUAUGCGAACCUUGUUCAAAAUACAAAAUGGAGGUGUCUGGUUAUGGUAAUGUUCCGGUUCGCGUGUGUCAAAAUUGUUACCAUUAUUUCACUAAUAAAAUGGGAGAAAAAAAAAUGAACUUAUUUUAUCUAAUAAUUCGACUCGCGUGUUGGCCAAUUCUUCCAGCGUCAUUUCCCAGCAAACUUUCAAUUUGGCCCGUUCUAAACUCAAAGCUUCUUUUUCUUCCCUUUCUUCCCGUAAUUCGGAUCAAAUGCAUUACGUCAACGGAUGGAUUCGAUGGUUUUCCAUAUUCGAAUAAUUGGAAAUUAACGACGGACGAAUCGAAAAAUUCAAUCGUAAGACAAGAAUUUUCCUACGAAUUUUCACCCAACGUUCCUUUAAGUUUGUCCAUAUUUGAUUUAUUGAUCGGAAAUGAUUAUUCAAGGAUUCUUUUGGAUGAAAGUGAAAAAAUGUUGAAAAUUCUUCAUCUUCACGGGAAAUCAAAUAAUCCGGAAGUUGAUUGUAAUGUUUUAUUACAGAUAAUUAGAUUCCUCAUCGAGAGUUCAAAAUCUAAAUACAAACAUCUCGGUUUGAUGGAUGAAAUAAUUUGUUGCGAUGAAUUGCUCGAUCAAGUUGAACUUUUACAAAUGUUAAUUGAAAAUUCUUGUAUUAAUUUCAUACCUUCCGAAUCAUUAAAAGGUUCAGGUUUGAUUUAUUUACGUAAUAAAUUGAUGGAAGAAGAAUUAUGGGAGGAAUCCAUGGAGUCAUACUUAGUAUAUAGCCCUCUAUAA